GACAUCAUGUUUUGACAGCUGAUUACCAUCAACAAUCGUGAAAUGAAACGUGCGUAAAAGGAAUAGGAAUUUUUAGGAUUCCAGUAUUAUUUUAGGUUUUGUUUAACUUAGAUCAAUAUACAAAUCUAAAUAAAUAUGACGGCAGUACACGUUAUAAGAAGGUUUGGCGUUCCAUUAGCUAACAUGUGUUGUCAUAAAAAGCCGACAAAAUUACAAGUGCGAUAUAGUGCUACUUUAGGAUUAACUGCGAAGAGAUUUGCUCCAGUGCUUAUAAAAGCUCGCCACCUGGGGCUAGGACCCACGUCGAAGGAUUUCGAGGAGCCCACACAAAUUACAGGACCAAUAACGAAACUACAUGCGGCUGAGCUCGUUCUACACUUAAAAGCGGAUGAGAGGAAAUUGUUGUUCACGGCGCUACAAGAAUUCGAAUCUAAUAGGAUUAAAGAGGAGUUCGAAGACAAACUGGCAGGCCAGAGAUGGAGGACAAAGCUAGGUAGGCCCAGCAAAGUGCCCACCCUCGGCGAUGUAGACCCUACAGGCACCUACUGUCCGGUCCCCGAAGACUGGCUCAAGAAAAAGUAUGCGGCCACAGUACCCAAGCCUACAACCAGGGAGUUAGUCCACUUGUCAUUAGCAAAUUCAGUGCCAUUCAUCGGUUUUGGCUUCUUGGAUAACUUCGUAAUGAUAGUUGCGGGCGACAGCAUCGAAAGCAGCAUGAGCGCAUUUAUCACAAUCUCAACCAUGGCGGCCGCCGCGCUCGGCAACACGUUCAGCGACGUCAUCGGCAUCGGCUCCUCGUACUACGUGGAGCGCGCGGCCGCCAUGUUGGGCAUGGCGCCGCCCCCGCUCGCGCCCGUGCAGCUCGACAUGCCCGUGUGCCGCCGCGUGUCCAACCUGGGCCGCGUUCUAGGCAUCACAUUAGGCUGCUUCCUCGGCAUGACGCCGCUCCUCUUCAAGGACUACAAGGAUGACAAGGAUAAAGACAAGGACGGCAAGAAAGAUAAACAGGAACCUAAAGCGGAAGCGAAGGCGGAAGCGAAAGCGGACGCGAAAGCGGAUUUGAAGAAGAGUUAAUUCUGGAAAGUGUUAGGAGGGGCGGAUAGACCAGUAUAAAGGUACUAAUCUACUUAUAUUUUACUGUUGUGGAAUGUGCUAAGAAAAUAAAAUGUAUUUGGCGCAAAGCAUUCUAUCCGACAACGAUUACGAGUGUAAAGUUUUAUGGCAUGGCGUGCUAUCCACACUGUUAAGCUUUUAUAAGGCAGAGGGAAUAUAUUUCCCAUUAUGAUGUUGAACUUUAUUUGCAAAGUGAUAGGGCUUAAUUUAGCACAAUUUCUGUCGCCCUUAUGCCCGUUAAAGGGUUAACAGACAAUUUGUAUACCUUAUUGCGAAGAAAUAAGGUCCACCGAUGGUCAAUAAAGUGUUAGCAGUUUUGCUGUUAGUACUCUACUGUCUAAGUGAUAUUUACGCUUUCAAAUAUGGUUUAUAUUCGGUAACUUUUACUAAUGGUGCGUCAUGUUUUUGUGUAUGACUUACACAGCUUAUACAAGAUUCUACAACAGUAAACAUAAGAAAAAAUUAAGGUAUACAAGUUGCCGCUGAAACAAUUAUAUCCGCCCCUGUACGCAAUACACUAAUGUACUUAGCAUCACAUCUUAACACCAUUUUUGUAAUCUCAUCUUCUUAGAAUGUGACUAAAGCACUGUUUGAAAACAAAAUAUCUGCCUAACUGCAGCACUUGUAGUGUAAUUAGGAACUUAUUACUAAAGAAAUAAGGUCUAAAUUAAAACGACCUUUAUAGCGUCUUUGCUCUUGGUCGUUUUAGAGUCAAGUUUAAAAAAUAGGGGCACAACUCACGUGUAGAAUUAUGUCUGCUAUUAGCUAAAAAGUGCAGGAUAUUUUAAUGAAUGUAGGCUUAAAGUUUUCUAUGCGACGUAUACUGUGACUUUGGACUUCGUGUAAACUGUAGUCUAUUAGACUUAUAUUGCAUAUAAUGCACGCUGUGUAAAUUGUAAGGUAAUAGAUAUUCGAUGUUGUGCAUUUAAUUCUGAAUAUUACCUACACUAAUACAGACUUGAAAUGUCACACUUCAAAAUUACUUAACUAUGGUCCUUAUUCUGUAAUAAGGUACAAAUAAGUUAAAUCUCACGAGUAUAUUUAUUGUGAGACCUGUCUUCCAUGUACGCUGCAAUAUUUGAUAUUAUUCGAGGUAAAAGUUUACAAAAUGCCCAAUGUGCAUUACAAUGCAGUAACGCUUACAAUCUAAUUAGAACCUUUUAUAUAAUUAAUAAUUACAAAGAAGCAUUUUUUCUUUUGAUUCAUUGCCUUUUACAGUUUUUAAACAACCGAAAUUCAUCCUAAUUUAAUGUAAAACAAGGUUCAAAUUAAAAAUAGGAGGAAUGUUUAUACAUAGUGGGCCUUAAAGGCUACACCGUUAAGGUCGAUAUUUUAAUGGGCCAUUAUACUCAUUAUGUUUUAUGUUAAGACUCGUUUACCUCAAAUAAUUUCAAACUCAACUAAGUUGUUGAUCACUCGAAUAUUAAGAGAAAAUUUGCUUAUAAUAUUAGUCAUUGUAUUAAGUGUUUGUUAUAUUUUAAUAAGUACCUAGGUAAUUUUUAAUUGGAUUAUUUUGAAAGUUUUUUACGAAUUUAAAUAUUUUUAUCUUGCCAAUGGCAGCUCUCUGGCAUUGAUAGUGAAAGAAAAAUGUGGCCAGUAGCGGGACAAGAUAUUAUUUUAAAUAUAUAUAUAUAUAUAUACAACAUACAACCACAUUCGCUGCCUAACAGUUUUUUGGCAUUACCAUAUGUCAAAUCUCAUACAAACCUGUAUUGAAUCGGAUUGUUACUAUAGUAAGCCUCGUUUACACUUUCGAGUAUAUAUAACUAGCUCAGGACCAGUGUUCUGUGCAAAGUGACUCGCUAUAUUUACAGUAUUUGAAAGCCGGAAGGUUGUAACUACUGUAACUUUUCCACGCCGCACCUAUCUACAAGGUUUUUCCAAAAAAUCCAAAUAUAUUCCAAUUAAUCUAGCUUUGAUGAUUAAUAAUUUGAAGACAAGUCGCGUUUCCCGAAAGCGCAAUCUAAUUUGAACCUUAAAUCGGAAUGCUAAAGUUGAAAUUCUAUUGCGUGUGGUUGAUAAAUCAUACUAUGAGACUAUGACUGGAAAAGAGUUAUAAUGCGAAUGCCGACUCCCUUCCGUGUUGCUCGAAAACGGACUCCCUUAGAAUAGUAAUAAAAAAAAUACUUUUGUUAGAGGAACGCUGUACAAGUAGUGACUGGAAAAGACACUCGACAAGUGUAAACGGGGCUUUAGUUAUACGCUUGUUGCUGUUGUUGUCCCAUAGCAGAAUACGUAGUAUAUUAUUAUGUUAUUUACUCGUUUAUCGUAACGUGUAAGGUAAGCUGCACCCACUGCAUUGCGAAUAUAGUGUAAGGUCAGAUAGGUAAAAGGUACACAUAAGUACGUAUACAUUUUUUCUUUCAUAUACUGCGUGUAUUUUUGAUAUAACCGCAAACUUAAGAGAGACGAAGGUUUUAGUGCUAUUAAACGUUUCUGAAAGAAAUUUUUAGUUUACUCUUAACCACAAGAGCAAUAUUAAUUUUUGAAAAUUUUUGAGCGGCAAUGUAUCUCGGGUAUUGUCGCGUCAGCACUUAGUCCAUACACCUACAGUACAUAUACCUACUUCAUUUAGAAUAGCAAUAUACGCAAUAAUAUUUAUUUUAUUGUAGUUCUUUCCUUGCUAUUCCUUAUUACCUAGGGGCUGUCCAUAAAUUACGUCAUCGAUUUUUGACGAUUUUGGACCCCCCCCCCCCUAUAAUCAUCCAAAAAUCAUGCUUCAAAUGACCCCAUUUCCUCCUACUUCAUGCUACCGUCAUCCGAUGUCCAGACCCCCCCCCCCCCCUAAUUUGAAAUGACGUAAUUUAUGAAUAGCCCCCUAUCUGACAUUUGUCUAAGAUUUUUGUAUAUAAUUUUGUAAAGUUUAGUACAAAAGAGUAUUGAAAUCUCAACAGUUAUGAAGUUCCUGUGUAGAUAUUUUAUUGUAAAUAGUCUCACUUGGCAAUAAUAUUCAAUUUUACAUCUUCAGUGCAAAGUAAUAGAGCUCACUUUUGAACUUUCUUUAUGUUGCUUAAGUAUUUUUUGCAAUGUAAGUAUUCUAAAGCAUUUAACUAUUAACAUGGAGUCUUUGGAGUGACAGUGGGGAAAUUUUUCAUAUAUCAAAUUAUAUAAUGUUACCUUUAUUCAGAUCAAAGUUUUCUAUUUAUUGUUCGAUGGAUGUUUUAUAAUAUGACUUUGUGAUUAUUAUUUAGAUGAAUAUAAUUAUAUUUCAUGCAA